GGGGUUGUUUUGAGCUACAACUUGAUGGUGGUGCUACUCGCUUCCAAUUCCGAAGGAUGCAGAGGGGUGGAUGGAGGAGGAGGAGGAGGAGGUGAAAGACUGGAAGGCGGAGAACAGAAUGAACAGGUCUUGAGAGGGGAAGGAUGCGGAUUACGGUAGCCCGUCGGCCAGUCUGCCAGGCAGCGAUGGUUUCGGUCGUUAGACACGAGGAUUUGCGGUGAAAACGACCCAGGCCUGCGGUGUGUUGAUUUACUGAACUCAGAGGGGAAGCCUGCUGUUCACCCGUCGCCUUAAAUCAUCUGUGACACCGGGGUUGACUGGCGGGGUGAUUGACUUUUACAGUGUAUGCUAUUUCGUACGUUUAUGUUUGUUUUUGCAGUGUUGUGUUGAUUUCUUUAGUCGUCAUCUUCCAUGAAGAUAGCCGGAGAAAAUCAGAGUGACCCUGUCCCCCAUCAUGUUUGUGGUUCAACUGCCAUCAUGGUUUUAGCCGUCAUCUUAGCAUCACCGCCACCUGAUCUGUUCUCCUUUACCGCCGCAGACAGGAUGUCAAACUGAACAAAGCGUCACAACUUACACAUUUUAAACCAACGUUAACUACUUUCAACAUGGGUGCGUCGUCAUUACAGCCCUUCUGGAUGACAGCUCUGUUUAUAUGGACGAUGUUGUGUCUGCUCAGUAACGGUCACUCCGCACCGGACGACUCGGGCCUGCCUCAAGCCAUCCGCGUGCCACUGCGGCAAGUCGCUCCCUCCAAACCGCUUCUGUCACCUGCCGCAGCCGUUGACUACAGCGAGCGCGGCAUCGCGAGGAACCGCGCUGUACGCAGGCGGAGAGGAGCGGCCGCGAGCGGUGUAAGCUUCGUGGAUAUGGUUGACAACCUGCGUGGAAAGUCGGGGCAAGGAUACUACGUGGAGAUGGCCGUGGGCUCUCCUCCACAGAAGGUAAAGGCUUUAUGUGCUUCAUAGGACUAUUAAAGCCUGUGAACGUACAACAUGUUUAAAUCAAAUAACUUUAGGGUCUAUCAGCUAUAUUCCUAAUACAGUUACAUUCACACAAAAAACACGAGAAUGGAAAAUGACUGUCCUUUUCAAGGGUGUUUUUCAAAGUGAUAUGUCUGUAUUAGUCAUUGUUACCCUGGAGAGAGCAUCUCUCCCUGAAAAUAACAAUAAUAAUCUCAAUCUUUAGCCUACUGUCUCAGUUUAAUUUAGUGUGCUGUAUUUAUAGAACUAUUGCAGUAAAUACCAUGUAAAUUGAACUUGGUGUGGCACCACUUCAGGGUGAUCUUAAGGUGCAUCAUUUUAACAGUUUCAUCAUUAAAAUAUCAUUCAAUUUUAGGAUUAAACCUGGUCUAUAAUGCUUUUUACUCUUAUGAGCAUCUGUGUUCACAAAUGUGCCCAACCAUGCUUUGUUCUCUAUUCUAAAAAGCUAUAAUGACCUUUAAAAAAAGAAACAAACUAAUCAUUCACUGUAACAAUCACACAAAGGUCAGCAUGUAGGUGACACCAAUAUAAACUUCUGAUGCACCUUGACAACAUAUUCUGGUGUAAAUAUCCUCAUAUUUUCAUCUAGUUGUGUAAGAUUUUUUCCUUUUUCUGGUGGUUUCAAAUUUAAAAUCAGCUGAAAUGAAAACGAAACAUUUUAAAUACACUGUCAAUACUGUUGCUGGCCCUGCAAUGACAGAUGGCCGGUCUGUGUGCCGUGUGUACGUGCAAGUUUGUGAAAGUGAGCGAAAGCACUGAAUGAGAUGGAUAAUGGAACCAUUAAUUCUGCAGAGUGAGGAGUGCCAGCUGGGUGCAGCUGCGGUGUACAGGCUGGCACACAGAGGGCGACGGAUAGAGGGAGGGAGAGAAAGUGAUGAGGUGGUAGAAGAGGAGAUGAAGGAGCUGGCAAAGGUGACAGUGGGUGUGAGACAGGAAAACAACCGAGCGGGAUCAAGAUAAGAGAGAAAGCCAGAGAAGUGAGUUAAAAGGAAAGAAGCAAAGGAGGAUGUAGACUUGACAGAGGAAAAGAAAGACUUGAAAGAGUGAGAGGAUGAGAGCUAGAUGGAGGUAGUACUGUGCAACAGUUAGAGCCAAAAGCCAACUGUGUGAUUAAAUUAAGCAUCUUCAACAAGUGGCUGUGAGGAAUCCUUACUUUCUUUCACAAACUCGUGUCUUGUGAUGAAAUAAAGUAAAAAAAAAAAAAAUGCUGCCAUCCAGACAAUGAAUUUUUUAGGGAGGACCUUCAUAUUUCAGAAGGACAAUGACUAGGCCUGUCGCGAUAAUCAAUAAAUCGCCUUAUCGCUCGAUAAAUAAAAACGAGGUCGAUAACUUUGCCAGCCUCGAUAAUUGACGUGCGUUUGUUUUCCUCCUCUCUCGCUACCAAACACGCUGGAUGAGAGAAGAGGUCUCACUCUGCGCAUUUUUCUCGGCACCUGGGGGCGUUGGCUCUAUAGCGGAAUGAACGGAGUUAGUGAACCCUCCUGUCAGUCAUUCAGUGUCUUUGUUACGAGGGGGCGCGCGCGCAGGUACACGUAGGCGCGCACAGGCACACAGACACAGACCUUUGGAUACAGUGCUGCAAGUGAGUGUGGUGAGUGAAAAGCAAGCAAACAGAAUGAACACGACAGCUUUGGUGUCUAAACCGAACGCAACAGCCCAAGUGUGGGAAUAUUUCGGCUUUAAACCAGUUUUGUUUUCGUCAACCACAAAACUCCACGUGUGUGUGUGUGCGCGCGCGUGUGUCUGUGUGUUGGAGGAGCACAGCAGGCUGAUGAGAGCUGUCAGAGCGGACUGAAGCUGCUCCUAUAUGUUUAGCGUUUAACUGACUGAGUUUUGCAACUCUGUUCGUCAUCUUCGUCGUGGGUGAAAUGAAAGUUUAUCACUUUUGACACGGUGUACAUUAUUAUGCCAUUUCAUAUCAUUAUCUAUAAUUUAAAAAACGGUGUCAAUAAUAUCGUUUAUCGGCGAUAAUUUGUAGCACAAUUAUCGUCCAGCAAAAUUUGUUAUCGUGACAGGCCUAACAAUGACAAACCAAAUUCUGACAACAGGGAUUACAACAGCAUGGCUCUGUAGUAAAAGAGUCCUGCCGAUAAAUUGGCCUGACUGCAUCUGAAGCCUCAUGACAAAAAAAAAUACCAUAAAGGAGACCCUGAACUGUUGAGUAGACAAAAUCCCAUCAUGUCUUCAUCUGUUACCUAUCUGCUCAUGUAAUGCAGCUAUAUGAACAUAUUUUAUGCAGUUUAGAAAAGGAUUUCUGUCAUUCUUACCUCACAAUUUUAGCGUGUUUUUGGUUGAGUAGAUUUCUCACAUACACUGGAAAUAAAGAGAACGUGAAAGAGUCCAUACUCUGUUUUGUAUCAGCUGGUCAGGUAUCUGUAAACAGCUCAUUUAUCACCAUGACCACUCAUGAUAGCACAACACCCUUCAAAGGCAGCCUGUAUGUAUUCAAGCCAUUAAAAGACUCUGCAUCUACAUAGGUAAAGCUUUAUUUAUUUAUCACCCUAAUAUGAAAUGUUUAAAAGGAAACUGCAGUGUAACACUCAGUAAGGAUAUAUGGUCUUAACUCAAAUUAUCAAACUUGCAGAAGUGAAUGAAGGUGUUUUAAUGAACUUUAAAUGAUCAUUUACUGUAAUUUUCAGCUGUUUUGUGUGCUGUUCUUGUAACUACUCCCUGAUUUCUCUUCCAUAGCAGAAGGGGGAAGGGCGAAAUAUAAUGGCUGGAAUGGACAGGGCGCUCCGCCAGAGAGGACAGGAAGACUGGAAGAGAGAGAGGGAGAGAGAGACAGCAGGGAAAGGCAUGAGGUCUCAGUGUGUCAGGAUGCAGCCUUUAGUGUUUGUGUAUAAAAGAGACAACCAACCUGAGUGGUCAGCACAUCUCUCUGCACAGAGUGUCUUAACUGGCAGUAGAAGAGUUUACAGAGAUAGUGAAUGCAGGCAUAUUUGUGUGGAGCAGAUGGAUGCAUGUGUGCGCUAUCAAACUGUUAGGUGGACUGUCAGUAUUUAUUCUGGGCUUUCAAGCCCAGCCCUCGACACAGAACCACUUCUCUGGGUAUUUUAAGAGCCAAUACAUUAUUGAACAGCUUGCUGUGGCUCUAUGGCUGCCUGUCUGUUCAUCUGUUUGGCUGUUUGUAUGCCACACUGUCCAUCCGCACUCUCGACACUGACAUUCUCUGGAUUUUGCUGAAAGGAAAUGUUUUUUGAGCCCAUGCGGUGAUUUCCACGACUGAGUCAUAUUUGUUUUUAAUGCAGUGUUGCCCAAGGGCCUGAAGAUCAGGACCAUCCAGUCUUGAUUUUGGUCUUUGUCUCCUUAGUACAGAGAUUUCUCCAGCUUCUCUGAAUCUUUCAAUGAUAUUAUGUUCUGUAGAUGAUGAAAUCCACUUGUUCUUGCCUCUCUGAAUGCCCCUUUCAUGCCCAGUCAUGUUACUAACCUGUUGUAAAUUAGCUUGAUUAGUUGGGAGAUGUUCCUCCUGCAGUUUUUAAGUACUACACAAUAUGCAUGUUGCAUAGGGAAGCAGUAGCGCAGUUGGUAAGCUGCAGAUAUUACUUGUGGUUUAUGGCAUAGAGCAGAUAAUAUGCUGUUUGUCAAGAGUUUAAAAUGUUAAUGUGAUGCAGACACCUGAGGUUUGUAUGUCUCCAUUCACACUUUCAGGAACUGUUUUGACUGAUGGUACAGAAUACGAUACUCACAAUGCAGACAGAAGGGGGGGAGGUGAAAGAGAGAGAGACAGGGGGACAGAAAGAGAGAGUAGGAUGAGCAACCUGAGAGGAGUGGAGGGUUGGAGUGGAGACAGAGAGGGGAUGGAGAAGGGCGUUUGGCACAAUAGGAAACAGCACUCUACAGGGAAAGAAAAAUGGUGGACUGAUAUUUGAAAUAUUAGUCUGUGAGGUGAGGCCGACAGCUAAGACAAGCCUUAGAAACCAUGUAGAAAGUUUGUGUUUUUUAAAGCCGAAGAAAUGGAAGUGAAGGUUUCACAGGUAGAGAUGUAUGAUUAAUAUCGAUCUACAAAGAUUAAACACAAUGUCACUGUACAAACCAAGCAUUACUGUUACUGACAUGUUAAUUUUUGUGAAAUGCUCAAGCUCAUAUUAAAUGAAUCUCCCUCUCCUUUUGUUUUUGGCCCGUUAGUUAAAUAUCCUGGUGGAUACAGGAAGCAGUAACUUCGCUGUCGGAGCAGCUGCUCACCCUUUUCUGCGGAGAUACUACCACCGCUCUCUGUGAGUAUUUAUACCGGAAACAGAUAUGGUCACUUUAUACUAUACAACACCUGAGAAGCCUUUAUGAUGUACAGCAACUCUAGUUAUUUUCAUAUCUCAGCUGUACAUCUGUUUUUAUGACUGAUGCAGACACAUUUUUUUACAUAGUUUACUGAAGUGAACAAAUCGCAAUAUAUGAUAUCCCAAUACUCGCUGUAUUGCAAAAUGUUCAAAAUCACACUGAUAUUAUAUCGUUGCACAAGUAUUGUGACAAUAUCAUAUCGUAGGGCCACUAGUGAUUCCCACCCCUACUAAAAAUACUUCAUUUAGCUACAGAUGCCAAGAUUUUUUAAAGUAGAUCCUAAAAUUAAAGCUAUUCUAAGGAACUGACUGACACCACACCCCUGUUUCGGAUGUUAAAAUAAGGGUAUCAGUAUCAUCAGUCUCAGAGUUGUUAGUUGCUAAACAAGGUGGUAAGAGUUACCUGACACGUAUUUAAUAUGUAUUUACUCAGAGUAUCCUGUUUGCUCAAAGGGCUGGGUAAGGAUAGAAAAACAAGAGCGAGCUCGGGUUGCUCACAGUAUGAAAUGUCCGUCCUUUCCGUUUAAAAAGCAGUGCAAACUUUGCAAACUUAAAGCUUUUACUCUGAAUACACUCAAAGACCACUGUUGAAGUCACAACACAAAAUUGAUCUUUACCUGAUCUUGACCGGCGACACACCUUUCCUUUUUCUUCUCCACUCUUUUCUCACUUCUGUGAAUUAACCGUCCAUCCACAGCUCCAGCUCUUACCGUGACCAGGGGAGGAGUGUGUAUGUUCCCUACACCCAGGGCCGCUGGGAGGGGGAGCUGGGCACUGACCUGGUCUCUGUGCCACACGGUCCUAACGCCACGCUGCGAGCGAAUAUCGCCGCAAUCACCCAGUCUGAUCGCUUCUUCAUCAACGGAUCCAACUGGGAGGGGAUACUGGGACUGGCCUACGCUGAUAUAGCUCGGGUGAGAACAGUGGGCAUGAAAAUCUGGAAAGCCCUCUCAUAACUGAUAUUACUUACACAGCAUGACUCCAGUUGGCGCCUCAAAGAUGCAUGAAUGGCUUGUGGUCAUCUUGUGCUAAAUCUGGCUUUGCUCUAAAGGUAAAAUGAACUGUCCACAUACAGUAACUGCUGUCUUCCAUUUCUUACUCAGAAUAAUGCCACUGGGAAUGAAAUCCGACCAGUUUCCUAGAAAUCUGAAUGUGCAGCUAAAAACAGCCGCUUAGUUCUGUCAUUCAGAGGUAAUGCUAUCCUAACUGUGCAUCUCUCUCUCUCUCUCUCUCUUUCUUUCUGUCUUUCUUUCUUUCUUUCUUUCUUUCUUUCUUUCUUUCUUUCUGCAGCCUGACGAGACAUUGGAGCCUUUCUUUGACUCUUUGGUCCGUCAGACUCCUGUCCCCAACCUCUUCUCCCUCCAGUUGUGUGGAGCUGGCUUCACUCAAAACUACUCCCUGGGAAGCGCGACGGUUGGCGGCAGCAUGGUGAGUCACACGUACACACAGAUCUCCAACAUAAAUCUUCUGUAUAUCAAUUCUACUUACACUGGCACUCUGAACUGUACUCAUUUAUCCCCAAACUCGUAGAUCAUCGGAGGAGUGGACCCGUCUCUCUACGUGGGAGAGCUUUGGUACACUCCCAUCCGCAGAGAGUGGUACUACGAGGUCAUUAUUGUACGAAUUGAGGUGAAUGGACAGGACCUCAAUAUGGACUGUAAAGAGGUGAGAUGUGUCAGAUUAAAAGACAGCUGCAAUCAUAGAAAACAAACUACAUACUUGAACUAAUAGUAAUGUUUGUGAGUAUUAUCUGUCUCUCACAGUACAACUAUGAUAAGAGCAUUGUGGACAGUGGCACCACCAACCUUCGGCUGCCCAGAAAAGUCUUCCAGGCAGCAGUCAAGGCUAUUGAAGCAGCUUCUUCGGUCAGUCAGAAGUCCUGUUUGUAUUUGUUUUGGUUUUGCUUGACUCCACCUGCCCACAAACUACUGUCAUGUUAGUUUUCUUGUCUAUUUGAGAUGUAUCCUCUGACAGUCCAGUCCCCACAGUCUAGAUUAGUGAAGAUCUGGAUAACCUGAGUUUGGUUUUUCCCUGGGUUUCAAACACAGGGGCUCUGUCCUUACUACAUUGGUCUGAAAAUUAUCCGGUGAAUCAUUCUUUUAAUUUUUAUUUUGACUUUGGUUUUAGUAGGCCUAUAAUUCAUAAAUCAUAAAUCUUUUAUUCCCUUUCGAGUGAUGAGAACUACUGCAACCUCCAACACUGACCAAGGCCACAUUUGUUAUCUACAGCUGUAACUCCAAAGAAGUUAGGAAGCUGUUUAUACUGACUGUAAAAAGUGAAUUUGACUCACAAAGAAUAAAUAUGUAUUUUAAAGUUGUGAAAAGACAACAUAUCAUACAUCCAUUUACUACCGCUUAUUCCCGUUCCCGGUCGCGGGGGGGCUGGAGCCUAUCCCAGGAUCUUCGGCGAAGGCAGGGGAAAACCCUGGACAAGUCGCCAGUUCAUCGCAGGGCUGACAUAUAGAGACAAACAACCAUCCACACUCACAUUUACACCUACGGCAAUUUGAAAGUGGCCAAUUAACCUAACCCCACUCCUGCAUGUUUUUGGGAUGUAGGAGGAAAACCUGAGUAACCGGAGUAAACCCACGCAGACACAUGGAGAACAUGCAAACUCCACACAGAAACACCCUGACACAGAUUCGAACCCAAGACCUUCUUGCUGUGAGGCAACAGUGCUAACCAUUACACCACUGUGCCACCCCUGACAACAUAUCAUAUGUUCAAGAAUUUUGAUAGCAUAUCUUCUAUGAGAAAUAUUUGCUCGUGCGUCCCUGGACCAUCAGGAAUGCUGGCUUUGAACUGUUUACUUUAGACCCCUCAGGAUAGGGCGUCCAUGGUUUCCAUGAAGAAUGUCAGAAUUUUGAUUCAUUAGACCACAGGACAGUUUUCUCUUCCCCAGCCCAUCUUUGAUUAGAGUGAAGGAGAAGAUAACUGUCACUGUGACCCUGUUUUUCAGACGGAGCAGUUUCCCUCUGGGUUCUGGCUUGGGGAGCAGCUUGUCUGUUGGCAGGCCGGUACGACACCCUGGCACAUCUUCCCGGUCAUAUCACUUUACCUGAUGAGCGAAAACCACAACCAGUCCUUUAGAAUCUCCAUCCUACCGCAGGUAAGUCACAGCGCUUCUUACUGACUUCAUGAUUGCAGGCAGAGGAUGGACUCUCUGAUAACAGUUAUUUUUCUGGAUCAUACUAAGUCACUUCACCUCAGCCCAAAUGAUUAAUAUGUCAUAUUUUCACUUGUCUGGACUCCUGAUAAGAUGAAGAAAUCUCUGCAUGGUGCUUUAGAAAAUAUGGUGACCUGUAUGAUGCUCUUAAAAGCGUCAUUGAUCAGUUGUACAAGUCCUGUGCAUCCUUUUUAAUUCAGAGGUCAAAGGUGAUUUGGUUGACUGCCUGUAAUCCUGAAUAGAUGCAAAGUCUUCAUUUCCUGUACCCCCUCACAGGAAGUGCAGUCACAUAUCAAGUCGCUCUAUCUUUCAGCUGAACUCUUUCAAAUUCUCUGUACAGAUGAAGGCUUUGGCAUGUGGUGAGGAAAGAAAUGAUGACCACAUUUCAGAGCAAAUGACCUUGUUUCUCUAAGGCCUUUCAGAAAGCUCUGAAAAGUCUGUAAAGGGUUUUGAAUCAAAGCUGUGCAGAAACGCCUUGAUGCUUUUAGGAUGAAUAUGAUUUGACUGUGAGGGUUUAAAAGGAGACUCGGUUUGUAAACCUGUGGGAGGUUUGUGUCCUUGGUGCUGACGACAGAAGAGAAUAACUGAGAAAAGAUGAAAAUUAUCAUCCCUCAGUUCUUUCUCUGUGUGUAUUUUAAUUCAGCAGCAGACAGACAGACAGACAGAGAGACAGAGAGAUGACAACAAGUCCAAGUCAAGUCACAUUAGUUUGUGACUCAAGUCCAAGCCUCAGAUCUGUUUCCCCAGGAUCCUUGAAUCUGGACACCAGUGAACCAGAGUAGAAAACUGGAUGCUGACAGCAGAAGGAUAUUUGUUUGUCAUUGUUGCAUUUUCUCAAAUUUUGAAUGAAACACAAAUUAUAAUGAAACAAUAAUUUUCCUCAGUUUGAUUGUGGAUAGUUAAACAUCACUCAAUAUACUAAGCUUUUCCACAUUCUAUACAAAAAUACAGCAGCGCCCUCUGGUGGACAAAAUAGAUACAUUAAUGUAGCGUUCUAUAAAACACUCCUAACUUUUACUCAUACAUAAUUUUGAUUUAUAAAAUCAGCCAACAUGAAUUAAACGCUGACUCAGCUGAUGACUUUGCUUAGCUGUUUAAGUCUGCAACCAGGAGUGGCAGUAUUUUGGCAAAAAGAGAGACGCACUGAAGCAAACCUCACUUUAUUUCACUAACGGGGAUUGUCAUAUACUGUAGUUCUUUAUUUAAUUCAUAAUUUAGCUCUAGAAUAAUCUUCACUUAAAUUAAUACUUCAUGAAUUAAGUGAGUCGAUUCAGUUUACAGCAGAGCUACUCAGUUACGUUUUAACAACAACAAACAGACAUUUUCAACAGCCUUCAUAUUUACUACUGCUAAAAAAGAACGGUAAAUACUUUAGAUGAAUCUGAUAAAACAGAGACGUUUUGUGAGACACUGUACUCCACUUUUAAGUCCCAUUGUUUGUCCUAACUCUGUUUUAAUGUGUCUCUUUAAAUGCAGCAAUACCUGCGGCCUGUUGAGGAUGUGGCCUCUGCCCAGGAGGACUGCUACAAGUUCGCCGUGUCCCAGUCCAGCACUGGUACCGUGAUGGGGGCGGUCAUUAUGGAGGGUUUCUAUGUGGUCUUUGACAGAGAAAAGAAACGCAUCGGCUUUGCUGUCAGCACAUGUCAUGGUAAGGAGGAGUAAGGGGGGAGGAAUGAAGGGGACACCCAAAGGGUUUCGGACCCUCAUAGCAUCUACAAACGAACACAAGCUGAUGUUCUAACAGAGCCCACUGAGGACCACAUCUCUCAAAUGUGCGUGUUUAUGUCCAUUGUCCAUUUGGUACGUUUGCCCUAAUGAAUAUAUGGGGCUCCCCUUUCCUCCAUGUCCCUUGCUGCUCGUCCGAGGGACCACUUGCAUGGAGGGACCUUAUCACUUCUUGUACAUCAUUUUUGCCUCGUUUAUGGACAUUUUAUUAGACCAGAUACAAUGCUGACCAGCUGUCUGGUGUUCAGGCACAGUCAAAUGCAAAAUAAAUGACAAUCCAUCUUUGAGAGCUUCAGACUGUUUUUAAUUUGUGCAUCAAAUUGUGGCCCUGCAGGGCGUCUGCUGAUCUGGGAUGAUUUGAGGAGUCCUUCUGUUUUAUUUCUGAGGUUUUAUUAUCAGCCAGUUUUCUUUGGUUUUCAUCAUUUUUAUCUUGUGUUCUCCUUGUUUUACCAAUGCGUAUUUUUUAUUCAAGCUUUAUUGUACCAGAUAAAACCCAUUGAGAGCCAGCCUUAAGAAAGACAUAGUAGAAAUAUAAAAGAGAUAAUAGUAUAAAAUUGAAUAAAAACCUUAAAGAAUCUCAAUAAAAAUCUACAACAGUAGUUACAUUAAACAUAUGACAAUAAUAUUUACAGCAUUAACCUAAAUUAACCUAAAUAAAAAUGAAUAAUGAUACUAUUUACAACUGUACCUAAUCUGAACACAGUGGCUACACACUGGAAUACAGGGAUCAAGAUCUCUUUCACAAUGGUGACCUGACCAAGAGAUCAGCGGAACAUGUCAUAAAAACAAAUAUAACAUAAUCAGAUCUAUACAGAUCUAUAUAAACAGGUCUAUUGAAGGAGGUAUUGGGGGCUAGCCAAAGAAAGGAAAAACAAGAUAAUAUGAUAUUUCUCGUAACUUGAUAAAGCAUCUUUCCUCUGGUCUGUGUGUGUGUGUGUUUCUCUCUCUGCAGUUCAUGAUGAGUUUCGCACAGCCUCGGUGGAGGGCCCGUUCCAUGGUGUCGACCUGGAGGACUGUGGCUACAACAUCCCUCAGACAGACGAGUCCACUCUCAUGACCAUCGCCUAUAUCAUGGCGGGAAUCUGCGCCCUCUUUAUGCUGCCGCUUUGUCUCAUGGUGUGCCAGUGGCGCUUCGCCCGCUGCCUCCAUCCUCACGGGGACUUUGCUGACGACAUAUCACUCCUUAAGUGAGGGAACAAAAGAGACUCACUUUAAAAACACAAAGCAAAACAAAAGGGAGCGAUCGUGUUGAUUGGGUGUUUGCUGUUACGAAAUGUUGGUGCUGCUGAAACAGAGCUUUGAAAACUUUCUUCAAAAGUUUAAUUAUAUAUGUGAAAAUAAAACACACUGUCUUUACACAGUGAGCGGUGCUGCCCUGACACUGGGGAGCAUUUACAAAAUCCUAGCCAUUACUAACCUGAAGGAGAAACCAGAGAGAGUUAGUGUCAUCAGCAUUAAAUUUAAGCCUGUCUAAGCUACCGUUGCAGAUCUGUGCAGCUAGAGAGACAGAAAUGGGGAAAAUCGGAAAGAAAGAAAGCUUUCUCUUUUUAUAAAUAGUGUAUAAAUAGACCACUGAGACAGACUGGAUUCAGAGGUUUCUAAGAUUUGUCUCUUAACUUUGCAGAGUUUUACUCAGAAAGAAUCAGGAUAUGAAGGGAAAUUUAAAAGAAAGCAGAUUAUUUAAUAGUAUGGCGAAUCAAAGAACCUGGAUGUCAUUUGUAGACGGGGUUUCAUGGUGUCGUCGGCAUGGUUUGCUACAGUAUGAUCUGACCUGAGUGUGUGAUUUUAUGUGUGUUUAGAUCUAUUGUUUAUGUCUUACAUGAAUGAAUGUUGAAGUGUGUGGGCAUGCCUGUAUGUGUGCACAGCUGUUCUGUAAGUGAAGAGUAUACAGAGAGAUCUAUUGAAAAUGGUACUGAGAAUGAAUAGCAUCUAUUAAAUUACACUAUUUUGCAAAUGCCAGCAACUAAUUCUGCAGCGCAAACUCAGCAUAAAAAGGCUCAUUUGAUGAAACAUAAGAUUGUAACAGCAUUUACUGCAUAAACUCAGUUUGCUUAGUGUUAAACUGAAACUACUGAAUACAGUCAAUAUCAGAUGUCACUUUCUUCUCUUGUAUUGAUAGCCUGAAUAUAACUAUUGUACACAAAAAUCAGUGUAUUCCAGAUCACACACACACAUACAUACAAAUACGCACUGCUUUUUCUACUGCUGCACCAUCUGAUGAUAUGCACAUGUGACACUUUACAUGUACACAGACCCAGACUUGAUAGGGCUUCUUUCACAAACAGCCUAACUCACCACCUUUUCCAACGGGGACCAUUUACGCUUGGACAAAGAAACCAGCCCAACGUCAGUUACACACUUAAGAACCCGAUGUAUGUCAACAAGGGACUGUUUGUAUUGUCCUUAAACAAGUUGUAAAUAGAUAAACUGAGAACUGUAUAUUUAUCUGUCAGGUGCUGGCAGCACCGGUGAACCAAUAAAGUACUUAUUGUAAUUGUAA